AUGUCGAAUUCUGUUUUAAUUCCUAAAUCUAUGAAUGCGCAACCUUUUGUCAAUUUACCUAAAUCAAACUCUACAGCCUCUAUUGAUAAACCUUCCCUAUUGAGUUCCUCGAAACUUCAUCCCAGAUUUAUCCAAAGAAAAUCAGUGUCUUCAGCAUCAACUGGUACUUAUGUCAGUGAAGCUUCAACGGGAUCCAGCAAUACUUCUGCUUUAAGUUUAGGUAGUGAUGUUUUCGCGAAUUCGAGAAAAAUACCUUCAAGACAGCUUUAUCCUAUUAUUACAAUUGAAGAGGAGGAUUACGAUGC